AUCAAAUCCGAAGCGACAGAAUCAGCUGAUUAUAGAUCGUCAAAUCAAGAAUCCGUUAACGCACGACGCUGGUGUCGCCGUAUCGGGGCACAGGAACAUCGACUGCACGAUAUGGUCAGACUUCGUAGUCAGUUCGCCCAAUUGCUAUGUGAUUCCGGGUUGUGGAAUCGUUCCGGAUCAACUGUACGCAAAGCGAUAGAUCUAAAUCAAAAGCGUGGUCUGAAUAGCGCUCGUCGAACUGAACGAUUAAAGACAAAACGCCGUCGACUGUUAACUCUGCAAGACGGGGAUGAUUUUCCUCACUUGGUGGGAUUCUCUGAUGCUCUGAACAUCUCCGCGCCAAAGAGCCACUUGUGUUUAGAUCCGGAUCCCUGA